AUGCUGCUGAGCCGCAACGUGCAACUUCUACGAUGCGCUUGGCCGGUGAAUAUGAUAGCGUCAAUGCGCGUGAACGAACUACAAACCGUCUUAUCGAUGUUCAAAAUGCCUAAAUUGGGUAAGAAACAGGAGUUGAUUCAACGGUGUACAGAUCUUCUUCGUUCGCCGUCUGUUCAGUUGCAGGUUGCGAACCAGGUUAAACUUAUGAUUGGGAAGGGCAGUCGGGUCGCACCAUACCCAGUUCCAGUUAGAGGUUACGUACCGAACGGAGCGAUGUUGAAUGGUAAUGCUGGUGCAUAUGGUGGCUAUCGUGGCGGUAUGAUACCUCCAAUGCAAAACUCGUUACAUCAGCAGUGCCGACCUAUGAGAAAUCUUGUUCCUAUCGACCUUCCCUUUUAUGACUGUCACCAAACAUUGCUGGAGCCUAUGGAAUUGCCAGCAGUGAUUUCCGGUGUGAAAUCGCCAUGCAAGCAAUCAUAUACAUUCAUUGUGCCCCGAGAACGUUUUUCAAACUGGUCUCAAUCGGCUCCGUUGCCAAGGUUUGAGGUUCAGCUCAGGUUCUUCCAAGUGCCUGUCGGUUACAACUCACAAGAGUUAGCUGACGAUUUUCCCCUUAACUGCAUGGUUCGUUUAGAAGAGCAAAUUGUACAGUUACCGGCGGUGAUACCAACGAAUAAACCUAAUGUUGAACCAAAGCGACCGUCUCGACCGGUUGAUAUCACGCAGCACUGUUUGAAUGUCUAUCGUGUAACUUCCGAUAUUCUUCGAGAUCGAGCUAUUGGAACUUACACUGGUCCCACGUAUGGUAAUAAAGAGCCCGUGAAUCAUCACCAAGGUGAACAUGUCACCAGGGACGUGAUCAGAGCCCGACUGGGCGGUGGAAACGAUGACGAUAUAGCUAUGGCGCAAUUAAAGAUCAGCCUAUUGUGCCCGGUGAGUUAA